AUGGUUCGCUUCACUGUUGCUGCUGUCUUGGCUUUUGCCUUGUCUACUUUGGCACUUUCGCCUGAUGGCGCUAACGCCAAUGCGGCUGUUUUGAGCACGCGUCAGGAGGCAGAGGCUCCCCCAGCUGAGGAGCCCAAGAAGGAGACGCCUGAGGACUUCAAGAAGUGGCUGCAGACAGUCGCGGAAGCUGCCGAAGAGCUCAAAAAUAUGGUGGAGAAGGUUGCUAAUGGAGACUCUGGCAAGACCAACUAA